CAGUACCAAGUACCUCCGGACCCCGAUCGCACCGGAACGAGGGCAUCCGGCAACCCACGACUUCCAUCGACCCAUCCGCACCUUGCGGAACGAGCCGUGACACAGCACAGCACAGCACUGCACACCGGAUCCGCCUUUCGCCAUGUUCGAGCUCUUCGACGACGACGCACUGAACGCCGCUGCCAGCAGCAUCACGGGCACCAGCGGCAUCGGCAUCGGCACCGGCAGCGUCCGCAAGAGGCCGCGGUCCCCCACCCGGCCGCCGCGGGCGACCUCCCCCGUUCCGGCGAGGGCGAGCCUCGGGAAACCCGGGGCCGGCGUCCCGGACGGAAAGUCCCUUUCCCGGAGGCUCUCCAGCGGGAGCACCGCCUCCCGGAACCUGGCCCUGAACGACCUGCUGCGGAUCACCGCCAGCUACGACAUCAACUACGCGCUCGACGGCGACCACGUCGUCAAGGCGUUAGCGGGCGUCUUUUACGAUGUGAUCGGGUGGAACCCAAGCGACGACGGCGACGGCGACGAGAAUGGUUCCGAGUCUGCCCACGGGAACAGCAACGGUGCCGACGGCAACGAGAACGGCGGCGACGAGGAAAACAGCAGCGGCGCCGAAAACGACGACGAGCCGAGGUUCUCGCCCAGGGAGGCCUGGAAGGGACCCCUGACGCGAAGGGGGAGACGGUGGGAGCGGUUCUGCCGGGCCAGCCUCGGGAGGGGCAACCUUCCGGCGGAGAGCGCCCGGUGCCUCGAGGCCGUCCUCACCAUCCUGCGCAACCUGUCCUUUGUCUCGGCCAACCUGCGCCUCCUGGCCUACUCGAACGACAUCCUGUCGAUCCUGGUGGGCUGUCUGUACGAGCCGAACCAGGGUGAUGCCGGGGGCGACGACGGGAGCAACGGCAUCGUGCUCAGCGCCCUGGGCAUCCUCAUCAACCUGUCGCCCCACCUGGACGUGACGGGCCGGAAGCUCUUCUGCGACAAGCUCUUUCUGCGGUCCACCGCCCAGGGGGCGCCCCCCGAGGACGGCGCGAAACUCCCCGACCCGUCCACUUUUGGCCAGGUGGUGAACGGGAGCUGGGGCUUUGGGAGCCUCCUGCUGGCCAAGAAGCUCGACACCAAGGAGGACUACGUCCAGGACAUCGACAAGGAGAUGCUGCUGCAGGUCACCAAGGAGUACCUGGUCCGGGUGUGGGCCAUCUUUCCGGCCCUCGGGAGCGUUCUGGUCGACACCAGGACGCCCCGGGCCGUCGUCACCAUGGCGCUGGAGCUCCUCCAGGAAUUCAUCAACCAGGCCCGGGUCGGCGUCAUCGGCAGCGUGGAGGACCAGGACCCCGACGAGAUCCCCAACACGCGGGCGAUUCUGGUCUACAUCCCCGACGACCUCCUGGCCCGGCUCUCCGACUUUCUGUACAUCCCCCGGCUGGGGAGCGACGCCAUCGAGUACGUCGACCCGAGGGUGACCAUCGUCACCCGGGUCAACCCCAUCAAGCUCACGGUCGGCUACGACGGCUCGGUCGACACGGACGUCCGAGACCGGGCCCUCGAGGUGCUGGUCCCGCUGCUGGAGCUGGACUCGCCGGGGAUCGCGGGGCGCUUCGGGACCAAGCCGGGCGGAAGCGGGCUUCCCAACAACAAGGUCUUUGACGCCAUCUUCCCGAUCCUCUCGACCCAGUCGGGCCGGAACGAGGCCCCGCUGCUGGCGACCCAGCUGCUCCGGGAGCUCUCCAAGGCCCGGGAGAACCGGCUGGGAUGCCUCUACCUACAGGAGCGGAUCGUCGCCCUGGCCAGCAAGGAACCGCGGGUGGCGCACCUGGCCUUCAACCACCUGUACGCGAGCGAGGAGGACUGAGCCGUGCGGUGGCGACACCAAACCAAACGAGACAAGGCGAUUGGGCGUGCUAGUGUAGCGACACGAUAAGGAUAUUGCUAGCAUUAGGUAUGAUACUUAGUU